UAAGAAUCUUUGAUAAAAAAACGUUAUUCGAAAAUAUUGUUUUCCACACAUUAAGAAUUGGUGUAAUCAUUUAGAGGAACAUAAUUUUUACAAAUUAUAAUGGCCGAAGCACAAGAAAUAUGUGCAGGAGCAAUAGAAAAAACGGGUGGAGAAACAGGUAGCACUCAAGAAAUAUGUAGAGCCGUAAAUACUCUAAACUUGGAUGAUUCCAUAGACGAAAACAACAAUUCGUCCGAAAAUAACGAAAUAAAUGCUGAGUCUAACAAAGAAGGAGAUCCGUCAACAGAAGUGUUGUCUCAGGAUAAUGCUGUAGAUUCACAAGUAGAAGACGAAACAGAUGGUCAUGAAGACGAAACUUCACAAUCUGAAGCCGAAAUCGACGAGAAAAAAGCCGAGAAGACAGAAGCACAAACAAAACAAGCCCUUUCAAAGUUCAAAGCUCGAUCCCUGGGAGUUACGCAGAAUGGUACUACAUUUGCGCCGCAAAGUCUUAUAGAUGUUCCAGAUUAUGCAUAUUCUUUAGAUGGAGGUUAUCAAGGUGCAUGGUGAUUUGAAUUAACUUUAAAUAUCAUAUUUUGAAAAAAACAUUUUACCAAAUAAAUAUAUGAUUGGAAAAGAUCAUAUCAUAUUAGUUUUUUUAGUAACAUGAAGGAUACAGAGAGGAUCUUAUCAUCUAUCAUUAUAGCUUCCUUUUUUUAUUUUUUCAAUAUUUUAGGAUUAUCAGUCAAUGCAGUCAUCAGGCGUUUUAGUUAUGAGACGUUUUCUUAAAAACAAUAAAAUUUUAUUUGUAAAUAAAGAUAAGAUAGAACAUCACAUAAA